CCCGCCCGCUAGAGCUCGGCACCCAGACAUCGGCAUUUCCUCUCCACUCGCUGGCUCAGCCUCUUCUCUCCUCGGAAGAGGAAACUUCGCGGUCUAAGUAACGGGAACAGGGGAAGUCAGGGCCUGAACCUCGGCAGCCCAGCUCCAGAAGUGCCCGAGGUUGGGACGUGGACCGACCAACCCGACAGCUGGCAGACCUGAAAGUCGGCACGGGUGGAAAGGGAGGAGCGAGUGCCCUAAACUCAACAGGACAGUGAACGGAAAGAAACUCGGACUUGGAGAGGGUAGGAGUACAGCCAGGAGCCGCGGGGCCCAGACAGUAACUGGCAAGAGGGACUGCGCCGGGACGAAGGGCUGGGAGAGGCGCUGAGUUGGGAACAGUAGGAAGCUCGGGACCCUACGGGAGCUGCGGGGACCCAGGCGUGCGCUGGAGGGCGGGGCGGGGCAGAGCCGGAACCAAAGCUGGAAAGAGAACUUGAGCUGGAAAAAAGGACAGAAGAAAGCCCGGGAGCUAGACCAGGUCCCGGAGCCUGGACUGAUUGAGAAGGGGAGGCUUGACUUCCAAGGACUAGCGAAGGGCUGAGCCGGCCCUAGAGUGGGAAACGGAGGCAGGGCAGGGCUCGAGCUGCCGCGUGUAUGCGGGGGCGGAGAAGAGGGCGCCGUCGUCGCUACCAUCCAGACCAUGGGCUGACCUGCACGGGCCGUCGCCCCGGGCGCCCAGCAUGUCGGUGCACUACACCCUCAACCUGCGCGUCUUUUGGCCACUGGUGACCGGCUUCUGCACCGCCCUAGUAUGCCUCUACCACGUCUUGAGCGGAAGGGGAGGCCCCGCCGCGUCCCAGGACACCGAGGACACCGGCUUCCCGCUGCUCAAAGCCAUCUUCUUGCUGCUCUUGGGCUACCUCCUCUUACGCUUUCGCCACGCUGCCCGGCAGCGCUUCCUGCGCCGCGCUCCCCACCAGGGGCUCGCAACAUCUUCUAAGAGACUCCUCCGCGAGCCCGGCCUCGAUGUUUUACUGGAGAGUUACUAUGAGCACGAAGUUCGCCUGUCCCCUCACGUGCUGGGCCACAGCAAGGCGCACGUGAGCCGCAUCGUGGGGGAACUUGUCCGUGCCGGCCGGGCCCGGGGGUCUCCAGGCCCAUCCCCGGGGGGAGCCCUAGCUCUGGCCUUUCGGGGGGACUUUGUGCAGGUGGGCAGCGCCUACGAGCAGCACAAGAUCCGCCGUCCUGAUGGCUUCGACGUGCUCGUUCCCUUGCGCCUCCCUCCUCUAGUGGCGCUGGAGCCUAGGGGUCUGGGGGCGGAGCCCGAGUUGCCCUUGGCUCUUCGUGGCUGCUUCCUGUGCGCCCUCAAGGCCUCACCAUCCUCCCCUUCCGGUGGGGUUGGAAGCCAGUGGCAGCGGGACUCCAAACCCUUCUCCGACGGCUUCUGCGUGGACCUGCGCGGUCGGCGCCACCUCUCUGCGGCGCUAGUGUCGCGCUGGUUCCAGGCGCACUUGCAGCGAUGCCUAGCCACGGUGCGGUACAGCUUGGAGGAGCGCUGCCGGGUCAGCCUGUCUCCCGGGGGUCUUGACCAGCCGCCCACUCUGCACAUCCUACCUUGCCGCACCGACUACGGCUGCUGCCGGCUUUCCAUGGCAGUGCGCCUCAUCCCCGCUGUACACCUGGGCGAUGGUGUCUUCCUAGUUGCACCGCCACUAUCUCCCCUAGGGCUCCCGUCAGAGCUUCCUGGAGGGCUCCGGGCCGAGGCACUGUGGGGAUUGAACACGGCCCGCCAGGAGCAGCGACUGCUGGCCUGGCUGCAAGAACGAGCCCCACCUGGGGCCUGCCACCUUAAAUGCCUGCAGCUGCUAAAGGCACUGAGGGAUCUGGGCGCCCGAGGGCUGGACCCUGUGGCCUCAUCCCAGUGGGGGCGCAUCCUGUCGUCUUAUACGCUCAAGACUGCGCUUCUGACGCUGCUGCUGCGUGGGGACCCUCUGCACUGUUGGGAAGAGGUCCGCUUGAGAGAGCGGCUGGAGGAGUUGGUGCUCUACCUUCGGGACUGCUUGCUCCGCCACCGCCCACUUUUCCAUUGUCUUCUGGGCCCAGACAGGGCUGUGGGACUCACCCUCGAAAUGGGCCAGUUGCCCAAAGUUUUGCGUGAAGCCGCCCCAGUUGACCUAUUGGCCUCCUUCGACGGGCGCACCCGGGAGUUCGUGGCUGCUCGUCUGGUGUCCACGUGGCGCCGGUUACCCCAACUUCUCCGAGCCUACGGGGGACCCCGAUACCUGGCGAGGUGCCCCCAGCCCCGGAGCCCGAGGGCCCAAGGUUUCCCGGAGCACGAUCCCUAAAACCAUGGAAGUGCUCUCACCUGGCCAUUAAUCCUGAGAAGGGAUCAGGAGGGAUGCUGUCACUGUCCUCUGGGGGCCUUUAUCACAGUCCUAAGGGGAGGGGGGAGGGAUAUGAUUAUAAAAUGCUCUUGGAUUUUUGAAAGGGGGCAGGGCUGGGGUAGGGGAGUGGAUAGCCAUAGCCUUUGCGUCACUAGAAAGAACACUAGGGUUUGUGUGAUGAGGCUCUGAUUUUUUGGAGCCUCACAGUUUGACCCCGGCCUUCCUUACACUAUACCCACCAGAGAGUUACACUCCUGCCAUUGCCUUUGGAACAAGGAAAGCCCGGAGUUGAUUUGUUUUUUUUUUGGGGGGGGGGUUUAACCUUUACCUUCUGUCUUAGAAUCCAUGGUUCCAAGGUAGAAGAAUGGUAAAGGUUAGGCAAUUGGGGCUAAGUGACUCACUAGGGUCACUCAUCUAGACUGCCUGAGGCCAAAUUUGAACCUAGGUCCUCCCAACUCUGAGCCUAAAGGAACCCUGGCCAAAUGGGAGAGUCCAGGCACAGGGGGAGUUGGGAAACAUCUACCUGCCUUGGAACUUUGUCCAAGGCUCCAUAGCGCCUGUUCAACUUGCCUUACAAAACUGAAUCUGGAUCUUAAACCACAGCUGAAAGAAGGGGGGACAAUGUAUUGUGUAACCUAGUUAUAGAUUCUACAAAUUAGGAUUAGUGUGCUCUAUGAGCAGUGCAAUUAAGAGCACGUUUGACAAGAUUGCAGAGAAUUCUGUUGCACAACAUGCCAAAGGGUGAUGGAGAAUUUGUUAGGGGGAAAAACCCUUUUAAGAAAAAAUAGCACUUUAUUUUGAUAAAUGCCUUAAUUUCAUAAUUGUUAUUACCAAAUGUUGCAUUUUGAAACGAAGACCAGUUACACAGCAAUAUAAAUUAGUUGGCAUCCUUACUUAACAUUCCUGAAGGAGCCAGGGAAUGAAAAAUGCUCGUUAGUGCAAAGGACCAUGGGUAACAACAAAUGUUUUUCAGCAAUACUGAUGAGAUCAUGAAACUUAUCAGUGCCUAGAUUAGAGAGAGAGGUCUUGGGCCUUCCCUAUUUGUGUAUUAAGCUAAAUCUUUGCUGCUUGAUAGGAAACUAAACUUUUCCUCCACAACAUUCCUCCACCCCCAUCCCUCAUUUAAAAAAUACUUUAUUGAAAACCCAGGGUACAAGGGGGAGGCUUUUCUGCUUUGGAAUGACCUGUGUUUUAUUACACAAUCAUCAGCCAAGCUGCUUUGGAUCCUAGAGCCUGAGAGCCAUGAAGGAAGCUUUGCUAAUUCUAAAAGAACAAUUUUAAUGCUAUGUAUUCUCAGAUACUGCCAAGCCUCCAUAAAACAGCUGUACUUCCGUAUAGUCCAACACCUUGGGCAUAGAUUACAGUUUCAUUAAGGAUGUUUAUUCCUGAAGGGAAAAUGCAGAAAGAACUUUCUCUCUCUCUCUCUCUCUCUCUCUCUCUCUCUCUCUCUCUCUCUCUCUCCCCUCCCCUCCCCCUCCUUUCUCCCCUCUCUGUCUGUCUCUCCUUCCCCCCUCCUCAUAGGCAUAACUCAUAUUUAAGAUAUCCUUCCUAGCAUUGGAGUUUUUUUUUCUUUUCUUGAUCUUUUCUGAAAUCUUUCCUUUUGAGCCAUUAAGUUUCUAGCUUUGACUGAGGGGCAGACAUUUUUACCACUUGCCAUUAAACUUAAAAUAGUCUGUUGUCUCACUGGUUGGAAUUAUAGCUUCAAACAUAGGGUUUGUCAUUUGGCCUAGCUUGGCUUUUGGUUGGCUUGUGUGUAUGUACGUGUACAUGUGCGUGAGUGUGUGUGUGUGUGUUUACAAAAAAUUUCCCAGAAAUUCUCAGUCUUUAAAAUGAAAAUUCCAACUGUCCAGACCAGGAUCAGGGUUGAGUGCUUAGACAAUCUGGAGGAAGUUCCACCAACUUUGCUGCUUUGGGAGGCUCCUCUCUCAAGUUUCUGGAUUAAUAAUUUAUAAGUAAUAACCUCAUUUGAGAACUUCUCAGACUGGGCUACACUGAACAUUGGUUUCCUUUGAAACUCAUGCUGGACCAUUAGGGAAACAAGUUGGAGAAGCUGGUGUGUCUGGUAGACAACUCAGUUUGUAGAAGAGUAUGGAAAAGUUUUAGUUUCUAUACAGAAAGCCAUUCUAGCUUUUUCUUUCUAUAUUAGUGUUAGUCUGGUACUGAAUUUGCCAAAACAAUCAUCUGUCUAUAGGCAUGGUGACAUAAAGGAAUCUAAACUUUACCAUCAAGAUAAACUUUUAAUAAAUAUUAAGGUCAUUAUAUCCUUUAUCUGUAUUUUUAUAAAAAACAUUUCAUAUAAUCAACCCAAAGAACAUCCUCUUUAGCCAGUUCAGGAACUGCGAGUUUAAAAUAGUUGACCUCAAAAUAUUUUCAUUUUAGUUUAGGAUAAAUUCUUGGACCUUUCAUAUGGGGAAAUAGAACAAUUUGAGCAACUAUGAAACUUUUCAAGGUUAAUUUAUCAAAGUUUCUAACUGUGGUUUUGGAUUCUUUUUUUAUGUUAUUUAAUAUUAAUUUGGUAGCAUGCUGCUGCUGCAGCCUUAUUUUCAGGUAUUCUAUCUAAGGCCGUGGUUAUUCUCAAGGUUUUAUUUUUUUAUUUUUAUUUUUAAAUUAAUGGGGCAUUGUAUUUGUGUUUUCUAAACAUAAAUGUUUUAUUUAUAUGCCAUGCUGAGCAAUUGUUCUUUGUACAUGGGAACCAAAGUUUAGAGAUUUAGAUCAAUUUUGGUCAAUGCUUAGUAAUCCAAAACAUGUACUAUGUACACAUGAAAAAAUAUGGCAUAUAAGAAGGGAUGAUGGUUGCCUAAGCACUUAAGUUUAUUUUAUUAUUUUAUUAUGGCAGCAUUAUUCCUUGAAAUGAGCUACAUGGUAGAUCACUCCAUUGGGUAGUUCUUUUUUUUUUAUACACAUUUUUUUGGUGUGUGUUUGGUACUGGAGAUAAAAUACAUGGAAACCUCUAAUGAGCUUGUUCUAUUUUCCUGCUGGUACCACAGUAGGAAAGUUAUAUGAAUUGCUGGUGCCAGAAGAAAAUUGGGGGAAGAUGAGUCAUUCUAGCUUGAGGCACUCAAAGAUAACUUCACUGACCCCCAUGGGAACCUCACUGGAUUCUUCUGAGGAGGGUAAAAUUAGGUCCUACAAAUGUUUUUGCAAAAUAAAACUCAAGCCAGAGAAAGGGAAAAUGAGAAGUGGUGAGCAAAGAUUAUUGGAAGGAUCAGGAAAGUGAAUCAAAGAUUUCAAAGUAAGGAAGGUCAGAAGAGUAAAAAUGAUGUGAAGGUAGGAGAAGAGAGGGUGAGAUAGAAUUGGGUAGGGGAAAUGCAUUUUAGCUAUGUAUUAUGUUAAAUGGUCUACACCUCGAAUAUGUUUGGUUCUGGGGUUUUUUUGGUUAUAGAUUGUAGUAUCAUUUUAUGUAUAUAUAUAUUAUAUUGGGGGUGCAAUAUUCCAAGUAUUAACCAUUAUCCAAGCUUUAUUGUAAAGCUAAAUCAGUAGGUUAACACAGCUACAGAUAGGACUUUUCACAUAUUUUAUCUAAAGUGACUCUUGAGAAUCGAAUUGUUAGUAUGUUAAACAGAUUCUUAACCAAAGGAAAUGGGAGUCAGUCCAUAGCACUCCCUUCCUUGUGACUGUGGGUUCAGGCCUGUCUGCCAUAUUGGAUUUGGCCAUCCAGAUUGCAUAUGCUUUCUGGUGGUGACUGAGCAUCACCUGGGAAACAAGAAACCAGAUCCCACCAAGGGAAAGAUUUAUUGUCUGGGUGUGAUCUAGGCAUUUUGUCAGGUGCCUUUUCUUACUUUUGGAGACUUUCCAGAUAACCCACACUAUAUAUUUCUUAAAACAUCCCUGCUGAUGUCUCUGCAAUGAUUUAUCAAAUGGCAAUGAGCCUCAGAAAAACUGCCAGGGCUAUGGGUCACAUCUCUCAUUUUACUACAGCUUAUUUUCAAUUGUUUUUUCCUUGCAUAGGUAUAUUAAUUCUUUUCAGGCUAUUAGAGUACACUCCACUGAAACAAGAUUUUAUCCAGUGGCAUCCCUAGCAGCCUGAAGAAAAUAAUUUAUCUUCUUCAAAGUGUCAUUUUUGCAAUCUGGAGGUCAAAAUUUCUCUCACUAAAAUGGCUCAAGAGCUCUUGAGAGCAAGUUACUUUGGGACUGUCUGCCUCAGCUUCCUAUCCUUAAACUGAGGAUAAUUGUAUCCCCUACCUCAUGAGAGAUUAAUGAGAAUUAGCCUAGCUAAUUUUUCUUUGCAGUACACUUUGAAAGGGAAAAAAUCUUGAUAUUAUCAUCAUUAUUAUUAUUUUAAAAGGCAUGUCUAUCACUUAGACACUACUGUUUUUAUAGUUUUAUACCUAUAUUUUUGAAAGGCAUAAAAUAUUUAUAAGUGGAAAUUACAAUGACCUUAUUAGCCCUGAGAAUAGAGAUGGGGGAGACUGGAAAAAAAGAUUAUUUAUAUAUAUAUCCCAAGAGAAUAUAAACUAAGUCAUAAAAAUAUUUCUUUUAUAAGUAUCAGAAGAUGAUGCAUAUUCUUAAGCAAACAACAUAUUUUGAUCAUCAGCACCAUUUAUUAAGUGCCUCAAUAUCUUGGGAGAGGAAAAUAUAUGACAGUUGUUACAUUCAUGAAAGUAUUAUGCCUUAAUUCAGUCAUCUUGAAACAUUCCAUUUUAUUUUUAUUUUUCAAAAGCGCAUAUAGUGUUAUAAAGUGUGUACUCUUUAAGACUCCUUGUCCUUUGGUAGUAAAAAGUCAUGGUAAAAUGUCUCUUUCCAAAAACACAGACCAAA